UUGAUCUGAUUUGAUUUCGUAUUCCUUCAAAUUUUCACUACCCUCCCCUUGGACGGAAGCUUUUCUUCCCCAAUUCCAUAUACGUCCUUCCCCUGUAGUAUCGCCUUGCAACAGACAGGCAAACUACGACACAGGUCAAAGGGACUUCAUCUGCAGAGAUCACAGAACAAAUGCGACACCGAACUCCAUUAGGACCCUUCCAAACGGAAAGCUGAUUAACCCAACUUCUCUCCUCAAUCUCGACACCCGUCGCAAAGUCUCUUCCAAAAUUCGAAAUUGUUCGAGAAUGUUGUAGCGAUUUCACUACCAAAUGAGAGCUAUAACCAUGGUUAGCAGUUCAUUGAAGCGGAGAGCUAAGAGAACGACUUCUCAGCCGUCUCCGUCCAUGGCGUCAACAGCUUCUUCAUUCAGUUGGAGAAGAAGUUCUCUUCUGAUCACUCUCUUCCUUGUUUUAUGCGUUCCCGUUGUAAUGCUCAUUACGUCGAAUUCAUCAUUCCUCAAGGUCCCUUUGGCCCAUUACUCAAUUGAAGUAGUCAAUGAGUUUCCUCACGAUCCGAAAGCCUUCACUCAGGGCCUUCUAUAUGGAGGAAAUGACACUCUAUAUGAGUCAACUGGUCUUUAUAGUGAGUCAUCAGUCAGGAAGGUUGUUCUCCAGACUGGGAAGGUUGAAAUUAUUAAUAAGAUGGACGCUUCUAAUUUUGGGGAGGGUCUUACCCUUCUUGGUAAAAGGUUGUUCCAAGUGAUUUGGUUGAAGAAAACUGGUUUCAUAUAUGAUCGAUAUAAUCUACGCAAACUUGGAAAAUUCACUCAUCAGAUGCAAGAUGGUUGGGGACUGGCAACUGAUGGGAAAAUCUUAUUUGGUAGCGAUGGAACUUCAACUUUAUACAAGCUUGAUCCUCAAACAUUUAAAGUCAUAGGAAAAACUGCUGUCAGAUACAAUGGUCAUGAAGUUUAUAAUCUCAAUGAAUUGGAGUAUAUAAAUGGAGAAGUGUGGGCGAAUGUUUGGCAGACUGACUGCAUAGCUAGAAUUUCCUAUAAAGAUGGAACUGUUCUUGGAUGGAUUCUCCUUAACAAUUUAAGGGAAACUUUGAUAGCAACUGGGGAUGCAGCUAUUGAUGUUCUGAAUGGAAUUGCCUGGGAUGAAGAAAAGAACCGUAUAUUUGUGACAGGGAAACUGUGGCCAAAGCUUUACGAGAUCAAGUUGCACCCAAUCAGGGCUCUAGCUGAUGAUGCCAUGGAGCAACUCUGCCUGCGGCGACCAUUCAAUUUUGCACAUAAAUGACAUGGAAGUUUGAACAAAGUGAUGCUUUGCUGGAUCAAUUAAUCUGCUAGUGACUCUUUUUGCCAAUGCCCAACCAUUGUUCUGUCCAUGAAAGUUUCUGGUGCAGGGUGCAGGUUUAAUUCAGAUUGAAUGCUUUAAUGCAAGCACCUGCUCCCAUAAUUGGUUUCCAAUUUACAAGACCGAUCGAAAAGAAAAUGCAUCUAGUUUCGACAUGAGCUUGAAGAAGGAGCUAUACAGGAAUGAAUGCACAAAGAGAAGCCAUUGGAAUCUCGGUUCACAGCAGUUCCCUAAUGUAGAACCUCUGGACCAUCAUUAACCAAACAAAAUUCGGAUGUUUGUCUCUGCUAUAGUAUAUUUUUCUUUACCUUUUUUUUUGAAGGAAAAUGCGAUCUUCUGUAUUCUUCUGUUCUAA